CGUAACCAGUUCUUUCUUUGCAGGAUACCCGCCAGACUAGAGACAUUUUCGGUUCGCUACUUUGCGUCCGCAAGCGUCUGGCUAGGCAAAACCGAGUCUGGACAGACUUUACCAAGUUGUUUGACGAGGCGGAGUUUGUAACCUGAAGUGAUGACUGAGGGAGCACUCCGCAAGCCAAGUUACAAGCAUAGACCGUUCAAUGCAGUCACAUCUCGCAACUCAACAACGCUCUGAACCAUGACCACACAGCAUGUUUCCGCCACGACCUACACACACCGCCCUACCCGGGCUCAAAGUACAUUACCCCCGCUCCCAACCAAGAAACAACAGCGCUCCCACUCCGUUAUUAUACCCCUCGCGCUCUGUGUAGCCAUACCUUACCUUCGGAGGAUGCCGCUAAAGGGACGCAUGGAAGGCUGGCAGUUUUUCCUGGUGUUGCUUGCUGUGGCUUUCGUUGGGGGCGCUUGGAGUUGGGGGUUUGGGUGGAGGAAGGGCGAGGGGAUGGAGAUAAAAGACGGGAAAGAGGGGGAAAGUGAGGAUGAGAGGAAGCCGUUGUUGGAAGAGGAAGAAGAAAUUGUGAAGCCGAGCGGGAAGGCGCCGGGAGGGGAUGAGGAUAAGGCUGAGAGAUGCUCCAACCUUGAUUCCUCGCUUUGCCCAAGUUCAGAAGCAGACAUAAUUACACCGACACCUCUUUCUAAAUCUAUGACAGAUGCGACCAUCGAGGAGCAUCUGCAACAAGGCAACAUAGCUUCCGUCAUCAGCAAUGUGUCAACCAUUAACGAGGACAAGAUUGUAGAGAAACCUCGUGCUGGAAACGAGUUUGCUUUAGAAGGACCCACAUUUUCGAUGGGGCGCAAGUUAGAACAGGUUCCACCUGCGUUGGACCGAACUGAAAGUUUCUCUGACGACUUUUGGAAGUCGGUUGGUCUCGAGACGACACCACCUACAGAAGAUCGUGUCCAUGAUUUAGAGGUAGAGAUAGAAAAGGAGAGUGAGGUGGUGAAACCUCCUGAAGAACGUGUCCCUAUUGAUGAUGACCAGUCGGAUCAAGCUUCCUCUGUAGAGCAGAAAUCUGAUGAGGAUCUUGGAGAUGAUACCACGGAACAGAUGGUUCCGACCACUCCGCGCCGAUCAAGUUACCGUCCACUACCACCUUUACCACCAGAUACCCCUUUGUCACAUGAAAACGCACCAAAGGUCGAGCGUGACCCAAAUAGUGAUCGACGUCCCAGUCGCGGACAUCGUAAAGAACUGCCGUCACCCCCGACUGGUCCCACCCCAACGGCGUCUCAUACUGACCUCACAUCUGACACCACCCCUCCCCUCCUCCCCACAUUCUUGGACCUCCACAAUCAAAACCUACCGGCCCUUCCACCGCUCUCUCAAGCCCACUGCAGAGCCCUUACCCGUCUGAUUGUAAACCAUAAUCGUCUGACACAACUCCCAGACGCGGCUCUGGAACUCAUGUCCGGUCUCCGCGUCCUCGAUGUAUCGGAUAAUGCGCUUGGGAAUGUGCCUUCUGGAUUGCGGUUCUGUAGAGAGCUAAGGGAGGUUUAUUUGAGUGGAAAUGGGAUUGAGAGGAUUGGGCCUGGGGACUUGGACGGAUGUGUCGGGGUGGAGGUGUUGGGGUUGGCGCGAAAUGGUCUUUUUGAGAUCGCACCAAAUGCAUUUAAAAAUCAUGUGAAUCUCCGCUUCCUGGAUAUAUCCUUUAACCGUCUCCGCACCUUUCCCGCCUCGCUCGGCCUACACUCCUCUACUCUUCAAAAGCUCGUGUUAGACGACAAUCCCAUCGAAACAAGCCUCUUCCCCCUCAUCCAACCCCUCCUCACCAUCAAUCCCUCAUCCCAACCGCGGCCACCCCUCCGCGCCCGUCAAAGUUCAGGGAAUUUCAAGGCACUUCUGUCCAGCAUGGGACGAAAGCGAGAGGGGUCUGUUGGGUCUUUUGAGGAGAGUGUUGAGGAGGAGGAAGGUGAUGGGCGAAGUAUGACGAGCUUUGAUAGUGGAGUAGCGGAUUUGAGGGGAAGUUUGGUGAGGAGUCGAACGGCGAUUGACGAAGAUUUCCGCACGCCCGAAAUUGUUCCACGAUCGUCUGUUAGCGAAACUAAUGUCUUGGCUGCAGCCGGCCGUUCCAACAGCAUUGCAUCCCGAAUUGCUUUGCGCCGCCUUCUGAAUUAUCUCCGGGACGUAUGGGACAUUAGCCUUGCCGAACAAGCGUCCCGCAAACUUCUCGCCACGACGGUCGCGUCCCCAGUGACGGAAGUGGAACGGUGCCUUGUCCCCGACGAAUAUGAGGAGGAGGAUGAGGAGGACAAUGAUUCGACACGGACUCCUGGCUCCGAGUCACCUCCUUCAGAUUCACCCCCUGUGCAAAAGAAGGCUUACUCUCCUGAGCGACGACGGCAAAUUGCGAAUGAGAUUUUGUCGACAGAAAGGACAUAUGUGAAGGAAUUGCAGGGACUGGUGGAUGUUUAUGUUGGGCCGUUGAGGGAGGAGGGAGUAUUUGGAGAGCGGGAGUUGGGCGUUGUGUUUGGGAACGUGGAAAAGCUCUUGGAGUUUCACAAGAGUCACCUAUUACCAGACUUUAUCGCCAAAGCAGCUGACUCUACUCAACCGCUGGGCUCUGCGUUCCUGACCAUGGGCCCUUACCUAAAAGCCUAUCAGUCCUACUACAACAAUUAUGACUCUGCCAAUGCAUUUAUCACCCAUCUGGACGCUCUCAGUUCUUCAUCUUCUUCGAUAACAUUGACUCAAGCACCAACACCGGCACCCCCUAAGCCGGCGGCGACAAGCGAAAAACCCAAACACGUCUCAAAACGAUACAGACUCUUUUGCCAAAAAGCGAAAACAAGUCCUGCGCACGGUCCGCAUCUCAACCUCCAAUCGUGGCUCAUUCUCCCUGUUCAGCGGUUACCCCGGUACAAACUCUUGAUUGACGCCUUGUUGAACGCGACCCCGCCUACGCAUCCAGAUUUUGCGGCAUGUCAAGAGGCUGCGUCACUUUUAUCCAGAAUGGUCCGGGAAUGCAAUGAAUCUAAACGGGAAUUUGAAGCCCUCGAAGGGGGAUUAGGUGUCCUUUCUCGACUUCGGGUCAAGAAAUUCAGCGUAGGAAACUUGGAAGUCAGUUGUAAGGACGCCAAGAUGAUGUGGGGGGGUACACUCCGAGUCCUCAAGUAUGUGUGUAAGCCCACGGAUUCAUUGGACUUUAUCACUGUGGUUGGAAAACGGAAAGUUUUUCCCGAACGGAUUGGAUCUCUUAUGGAGAUGCGAGUCAAUAAACGUCGGAAGAAGCCAAAACAAGAUUCCGAUCGCAUUCUUACAUUGUUGGCUGAACACGGUCUCAUUUCCACUACCCACGGCCAAGACUUUUCGUUUCACGUUAUUGGGUCCCGCUUCUUUUGGUGUCGGGCUCAUAAAGACGAUACUGAUCUCGACCUUGUUAAGUCAGUUGAUGUGGAUCGAAUUUGGUGUGGAAUGGUGUUCGCAGAGGGCGGUGUGGGGUGUGUGAGGGUGUGGGAUGAGGGUGGUGUGGUGUAUUUGGCUGGGAAGGAUGUAAAGGCAUUUGUGAAGGCUUUAGAGGGGGCUGGGGCGGCAGUGGGCGGGAGGUAAAUGUAGUAUAUAUCAUUUCUUCAGUUUUUAUUUUUCUCAUUAUAUGUGUUCAUUUCAUUUUUUCUUUAUAUUUUGUGUAUGU